ACUGCCCGCAGUAUCAUGGCGGCCGCCAGCCCGGAGAGGAAGAGGCGGCGAGAGGAGAAGGAGGAGGCUGGGGUCGGGGAUGGGGCUGGGGUCGGGGAUGCGGAUGCGGAUGCGGAUGCGGGCGGCGGCGCCUUCCCGCUGGCCGAGCUCCGCGUGCGCAGGCUGUUGCGGGAGUCGGCGCGGGACAAGGCCGUGUUCCUGCACGGGCAGGUGAAUGGUACUUGUGGAGAAGUAAAGGAUGCUGUAGUGAUCCUGGAAAAGACUCCCUUCCAGGAGGAGAACAUCUCUGAUCUGCUGAAGAAUCACACCAAGUUACAGCUCCAGAUGUCCAAUGACAUCUAUAGCACCUACCACCUGUACCCACCUCCACAGCUGAGUGAGAUAAAAACCACAGUGAUAUACCCUGCCACAGAGAAACACCUUCAGAAAUAUCUGCGCCAAGAAGUGCAUCUCAUCCGCGAGACUGGGGAGGAUUACAAAAACAUUACGCUGCCGUUUAUCCAGUCUCAGAGCUUCAGCAUCCAGUGGGUAUAUAAUAUCCUGGAGAAGAAGGCUGAGGCUGAUCGGGUAAUCCAUGAAAACCCUGAUCCUUGCAAUGGCUUUGUUCUCAUUCCAGAUUUUAAAUGGAAUCAAAAACAGCUAGAUGACCUGUAUUUGAUAGCCAUCAGCCACCGACGGGAGAUAAAAUCACUGCGGGACCUCACCUCUGAGCAUCUGCCUUUGCUAAAGAACAUCUUGCAGGAAGGGAAGGAAGCCAUAUUGAAGCGCUUUGGGGUGGCUGGUACUCAGCUGAGGAUAUACCUGCAUUACCAGCCCUCCUACUAUCACCUGCAUGUGCAUUUCUCUGCUCUGAGCUACGAUGCGCCUGGCAUCUCAGUGGAGAGAGCUCACCUCCUGACAGAUGUGAUUGACAAUCUGGAGCUUGAUCCCCAGUACUACCAAAAGCAGGCACUAACCUUUGCUCUCCGGGCAGAUGAACCCUUGCUGAAGAAAUUCCAAGAGGCAGGAAGAGCUUGAUUUCAGAGACUGAAUGUGGGCUGGUAAAAUCUGUUUUUAUAUGGAUAUCUGUCAUUGACUUUUGUGGGGGUUUUAGUUUUUGUCACUAACUUUUUUUUUAACUUGGGUUUUGUAAGAAUUGGGAUUGCAUUCCCACAACUUUUCCCUCUGUUUUUUAACAAUAAAAAUUGGUUAUUAGACUUUUUA